GGCUCUCUCUUAUUUAAAUAAGCUAGUUUUUUUUAGUAUAGCAACUGCGGUGAUAGAGGUCUUCAUCUUUCAGCUAAGUUCACUUUUGCAAAGGAUUUUAGAAUAGAAUUUGAAAAUUUAAAAAAAAUUCACAUCGCUACAUAUGGUCUGGAGAUGAGAAGUGUCUCUUCAACCCAAAAAGAAUUAUUCAAUGAUUGUAGGAUGUGGUUUAAAACAUUUGGAUGCUUUCUAAUAACUAUAAAUAUAAAUUUAAUGAACUUUAAGAGUGUAAAAUAGAACUAAUAUUAUAAAAAUUUAAUGAACUCUAAGAGCCUAAAAUAGAACCAAUAUUAUAGGUGGGUAACAAUUGACUAGUAGAUAACAUGAGUUUCAUCUCAAAAUCGUGAUCAAUUAAAAAUGUAAUUCAGGUAUCUUAUAAACAUUAUGAAUUUUUUUCUUAAAAUUUUCUAAAGUGGGAUCAUGAGCAUACCCUCGCAAGGUGGUGCCUCAUUGAAUGCACCAUUCUUGAAUUAGAUCUUUUUUUUCCGAUCAAAUCCUUUUAUUUUGGAUUGAAUUCUCAUUUAGGCUUUAUCAGCUCUAGUGUACCAUAUUAAAUUACCAAUUGACCCAAAAGCUUAAACUAAUGGGUGAAGGUAAAUUUAAUAUUAUAUCAACACUCUAACACUCCCAAAAGUUUGAGCUAAUGGGUGAAGAUAAAUUUAAUAUUAAAUCAACACUCUAACACUCCCUCUUACUUUAAACUUAAAAUUUGUAAAAAAACCGAACAAGUAGAAAACAUUAUGUUACUAAUUUUGUUCAAAGAUGAAGAUUAAAUUAAACUAUAUUUGGACAUUCACAAUGGCCAAAGCAAGAAUUUUACACGUGAAUCUCAUGAAACACAAAACGUAAAAAACCAAUAUGUAUGCCCAUAAAUAAACAUAAAUUUGAUUAAUUUAUUGUUUAAUGUACAUACAAAAAUGAUAUAUUGUUAAACAAUAAUUCAAUAAAAAUUAGCACCAAGAAAAUAGAAUAAACAAUUGUAUUUAAAAUAUUACAAAAUAAGAACAAAAAUACAAGUUAUACAUUAAAAAUUGAAAAAAGAAGAAAAUAUUGUGAAAUAAUAAUAAAAAUAAAUAGAAAAGAGGGAGAAAGACGAGUGGCGUUGUGGAGUAGGUAGGUUGAGAAGAAAAAAAACAAAAUAGAAAUGAUAUAAUAAAAAAUUAAAAAGAAAAUGAAAAGAAAAGUAGUGAGAAUAAAAAGAAAAUAAAAACUUAUUAUUAUUAUUAUUAUUAUUUGUAAUUUGAGCUUUGCUCUUUUCACAAUAGCAAUGAAAAGUUCUAUUUCUAUUUUUUUAAAUAAAAAAAAAAGAGAGAAAACUUAAAUAUUACCAAACUGCACUAGUCAUUCAAUAAAAAUUUGUCACGUGACAAAUAUAUAUAUAUAUAUAUAUAUAGUUUUUUUUAAAAAAAAAAUUAUCUAAAGAAGAGGAAGACAUGAGAUUGAUGUAACUUAGGUUCCAUUGCUCUAAAAAGAAUAGAGAAUAAGGGGUGGAGUUGUGUGGAACUAGAAAGAUAAAGAUUUCUUUCUUAAAUGGCAUUUGUUUCACCUGUUUAAAAUUUGAAUUAAGACAUGAAAAUUAUUACAUAGAAAAAAAGCUUUUCCACAAGUGAUACUUUGGUGCAUCCCAAGCAUCACUCAUCUUUAUGUAUCCAUUUUCACCACUCACAUCUAAAAAAAUAUUAAAAUAUUUUAAAAAAGGAAAAAGCAAAAUUCGCCACAUAACAAGUUAUGAUAAGAUAAUUUGGUGGGAAGCACAAAAAUAAAUGAUGUCCGGAAUACACUUAAAUAUUUUUCAUUCCAUCAUGUAUUAUUUUCAAGAUUAUGAAAUUAUCAAUAUAUCAACUCGAUAAUAUUUUAAUUCAUGGCUAUAACAUCUCUAUCAACAACCAAAAUAAGGUAUUUUGAAUAGUUACAAAGUCUUUUGUGAAAAAGUAUACAAUUUCUUUUGUUAGUCUGUGUCCUAAGUAUACCACUUUUAUGGGAUAAAAAAUACAAAUUGUGUCGAAUAGUCAAGCUCCAGCCAUUUUCUUCUUGAAUGCUGACAUCCAGAUAAAGUAAACAAAUAUUGGUAUGAAUGGAGCAUUUGCACGACAAUAUAUAAUAAUCAUCACACAUAACAAUUAAAAUCUAAAAUACAUAUCCUUUUUUUUAAUAUAAAUUGAGUAAGAUUCUUCAUUCUUCUAGAAGAAUGAUUCAAUUACCUUUAAAAAUAAUAUAAAUUUGGAUACCAUAUAUGAAAUUUGAUGUCGGUAUCUAUUUUAUUUCUGAUAUUUUAAAAUGAACACAUCUAGUCCUUAAAUUCCAGAAUAGGUACUUUUAACCCAUAAAAUUUGAAAAAUAUUCAAAAUAGUUCUGAACUUUCUCUUGCCAUUAGUUGAUCUAAUGAAAUGCGAUAUGGUAGAUUGUACUUUGCUUAGAUGACACUUUUGCUAAUGGAAGGUUGGAGUUACCAACUCCAUCUCUAGUCUCUAUCUCUCCUUAUCCCUUCUUCCUUCUUUUCCUCUCACUUCUUCUCUCUCACCAUUUGUCAAUCGUUAUUGUCAUUUAUCGUUCGGCAACUGUCGCAUGCAAUUGAAGUACUUUUUGUUCUUAUAUUUGAAACUUUAACAUUUUUAUUUUUCUCCUUUACCCCAAAACCAAUCUUAAUUUACUUCACCUAUCUCAUUAAGGUAUUCCCUCGAUCUUAAUUGAGUUAGCACCAUUGGUUCAAUUUUCGUGUGAAAUGCUUGCUAUGAUUGGAUUACAUUGUUUGUAUGGAAAGUCAAUUUUUCCUUCUCCACUACAUUGGAGGUCAGUUGGAUUAUGUUGAUGCAAAACAUGUGUCUGCAUCUCACUCUUCUUCACUAAUGCUCUAAAUCUGAGAAGUGAUUGUGUUGCUUUAUGUUGAUUUUUCCUUCUAGCAUGAUAGCAACAUUUCCAAAAUGGUAACAUUUAUUCUUUUUUUGCACUCAUGUUUUCGAUUAGUUACUAACUUCCCAAGGCAUUUGGGUUUCCUUCCCCUCCUUGUGAUCUUGCUUUCUUGUGAUAUUUUGGAUGAUCAUUUUUUUGACGAUUAGAGAGCAUUUCUUCAUUACUCUUUAAUGUGACCUCGAGCAUAUUCUUAGUUUUAUGCUUCUUAACCAACAAGCAUAUUUUCUAUGUCAAUAUAAGAGUGCCCAAUUUUGAAUAGCAACAAUAAAGUUUUUAUAUCUAAAUUUAAGACUAUAAAUAAUAAUUCUCCUCAUUCUCAAUCCUUAAAAUAUAGUAGUAGUAGGACUUAAUUCAAAGAUUUCACAACUUCGAAAUUUAACCUUUAUUCAUAUAUUGAUUAUUAGUCGUCUCUCUAUGAGCAAUUUCCACUAUACUAAUGUGCUCCAAUAUUAUAUUUUUUCAUCAACUGUACUUUUUAUUGCAUGUCUUACCUUCUUCAAAGUUAUUGCAUCUUCAUGUGGCUUGAUUUCAGUGCCUCCCACAUUCCACAAGUCCUGGUCUUGGAUAUAAGACUUUAUGUAUGUGGACCAUGUUUUGUAGUUUUGGGUGUUGAGUUUCUUUUUUUUCUUUUGAUAUCUGUGAGUGAUUGGGUCAACUUACACGCACUUCAACUAAUCUCACCAAACAAUUCAAACAACUUGAAGAUCUCCCAUCAUUUUAUGUAAUGAUGAAUCCACUCCACGAGUAGUUGUGUCCCAAUGAACAAGUUUCACAAUCCCAGACUUAACCUUAUACUCAAGAACUCCACCAUAGUAGGUUAUCCUAAAAGCUUAGUUGUUGAACAAAUUCCUCGCUAUUUCUAAGUUUCUAUAACAUCUCUAACUAAUACAUGUGGAGACACACUUCUUAUUUGUAAGCAUGAGAUCUUUGAAGCUGGAGUCCAGACACUGAGGAUUUUUCAAGGCUCUUCUUGGAUUAAAAACAUCCUAUAUUUCUUUGAAUAUAUCUUUGUCUAAAAGAGGAUUCUGUGGAAUUAAAGAAAGGGUAGAAUAUUUCAAGAUUCUUUCAUUUGAAAUAUUUAUUAACACACUUCAAUAUAAUAGAGAAAUUUAAUUCAUACAUUUACAUCACAUUGUAGAUAAAUUCCAAGAAACUUUUAGAAUAGUUAGUGUUUCCUUUACUUUAUAGGUAAAACUCCUUAAUUAGUAGUGGGUCCAAGUGAUUGAUUCAAUUCUUGAUUAUCAUUCCCUUCAUGUAAAGGAUAGUGGUUAAUCAAAACAUAAUGUAGUUGGUUUUCAUCCAAAGUCAAUGGGAACUCAAAAGUCAUGCCAAAAUAUGGCUAGUCGCUCAAUUCUGUCCUUUUUUUGACAAUAUGUAGAGUAGGAGAUUCAAUUAUCUGAUUUUGAGAUUGAUAGUAUAAAUACAAUGCCCGUUCCACUACUCAUUUUGACAAUUAUUCCAUUUCUCUUAAUAGGUUCCAGAUUGCAAUAAAAACUCUCUACAUCUCUUCUUCCAUCUACAUUACAACAACAACAACAAAACACAGGUCAAAAUUCUACACAUUAAUUUUUCCAUUAAAAUACCAUUUUCCCCUCCACCACACCAAUUUCAAUUCCUCCAAAUAUGAUUGAACUUUAGAUUUCCACAAAACAUAAACCAUUCAAAGAGCCAAAUUCUCAUUAGGUUAAGUUUUUGUUUUCUUUUUUUAAAUUUCCCAACUUUGUAUGAAAAACCAAGUCAACUUUUAGAGAGUCCAAUACCAAUACCUCAUCCCAUUCUCUUCUCCAAUGGAACGACGACCCAUCUGAUCAAAAUUCCCUCUUCUCUGUUCUUCAAUGGAUUCCCCAAUUUCUUCAUUUCUUCUGCUCUUUCCCUUUUCCCUUCUCUUCGUCUUUGGGAAUUCCUCCGAUUCCUACAGUUCCUGCAGCAAUCUCUUCAACUGCGGUGACAUCGCCAACGUCGGCUUCCCCUUCUGGGGCGUCGGAAGGCCUCCCGGCUGCGGCAAUCCGGCGCUGCAAUUGGCCUGCGAAGGAAAUAAGACAACGAUCGUAAUAAUGGAAAUUAAAUACCAGAUUCUCAAAUUCGGCCUCGAAAAUACUUCCCAAACGCUCACCAUCGCCAGAACCGAUUAUAUGGGUACGCUCUGCCCUAAGAAAUUCAUCAAUACCACAAUCGAUUACAAUCUCUUCGAUACAAUUCCUAAUUAUCGCAACAUCACCUUGCUCUAUUGCUCCUCUUCUCCCAUCGCCGGGCAAUUUAGCUGUCCUGGAUAUAACUCCGGCUUCAUUCAGGGGAACCCCAUGGGUCCUAGUCUCUGCAAUGUGAGCGUGAGCGUGCCGGUUUCUUUGGAUUUCUUCCCGCCGGUGAGCGAUAUUGUGAACUCUACUGAGAUAUUGAAGGCCAUUGACGAGGGAUUUGAGGUGAGAUUGAAGGAGGAUGGAGGUGGAUGUGGAAUUUGUGAGCAGUCGGAGGGGGUUUGCGGUUACGAUUUGAGCUCGAAUCGGACGACUUGCUAUUGUCGCGCCGGCAAAUAUAAUGAUAACGGAGCUUGUAGGAGUCUUCCGGCCGGUGGAGGUCCGGCAUCUUCUCCGGGUGGUAAUGGAUCUAAGAAAACGUCCCUGAUAAUAGGCCUUUCUAUUGGAGCGGCAACUGUAUUAGGCCUAUGCUUAGGAUGCUUUGUCUUCUACAUUACACAACGUAAACAAAAACAAGUUCUUAAGUUGAAAAGCAAAGAUCUUUCUUCACCUCCUUCAAGUGGAGGCAUUCCGACUCCCUCGACGUUUCGCUCUAAUAGUAUUCCUUCCUAUCCUUAUUCGAGAUCUAGUCUCGAGAGCAGGAGCUCCUACUUUGGAGCUCAAGUCUUUACCUAUGCCGAACUUGAGGAAGCAACUCAUAAUUUUGACCGUUCAAGGGAGCUUGGAGACGGAGGUUAUGGUACUGUUUACUUUGGAACACUCAAGGAUGGAAGGAUAGUUGCAGUAAAGCGGCUAUACGAGAACAAUUAUAAACGUGUCGAGCAGUUCACUAAUGAAGUUGAGAUUCUCUCAAAAUUGCAACAUCCGAAUCUCGUGAAGCUUUACGGAUCCACGUCGAGACAUAGCCAAGAACUCCUCCUUGUAUAUGAGUACAUUUCUAACGGAACAGUGGCUGACCAUCUUCAUGGAAAACGAGCAAAUUCAAGUCUCCUCAGUUGGUCUGUUAGACUCAAGAUUGCUACAGAGACAGCUAAUGCACUGGCUUACCUCCAUUGCAAUGAUAUCAUUCAUCGUGAUGUCAAAACCAAUAACAUUCUUCUUGACAACAACUUCAAAGUAAAAGUGGCCGAUUUCGGCCUGUCGCGGUUAUUUCCCCUCGACGUUACUCAUGUUUCAACUGCUCCACAAGGGACACCAGGCUAUGUUGAUCCGGAGUAUUAUCAAUGCUACCAACUUACCGACAAGAGUGAUGUGUAUAGUUUUGGAGUUGUUUUGGUCGAGCUUAUAUCGUCGUUGCAGGCAGUUGACAUCAACAGAAACAGAAAUAAUAUCAAUUUGUCAAAUAUGGCUAUUGAUAGAAUUCAAAAUCAUGCAUUGUCUGAUUUAAUUGAUCCAGAUCUUGGGUUUGAGAGGGAUUAUGCAGUAAGGUCUAUGAUAAAGUCAGUGGCAGAGUUGGCUUAUCGAUGUCUUCAACAGACGAGGGAUGUGAGGCCUUCUAUGGAUGAAGUGCUGGAAAUUCUAAAAGGAUUAGAGAAUGAAGAAUUGGCUGCUCGUAAAGCAGAAGUGUUAGAUAUAGGGUCUGAUGAUGUGAGACUUUUAAGGAAUACAUCAUCUCUGCUCUCAUCUGAUUCUGGACCAGUGACUGACAAAUGGGUUAGAAACUCUAUUAUACCUUCAUCUUGAACUUUAUUCCUUUUCUCUUCUCUUAUCUUUUUAAGCUGAAAUUAUCAUAUAUUUCUCUUUGAUAUCUAGAUGAUAUUUUCUCCCUGUGGUUACUUCUUUACCAUUGUUGAUUAUAAGUUGGUUAAACACUUCUAAGUUUAGUAUUGUACUUUAAAUUUUGUUUUUAAAUUUAGUUUAAUGAAAAUUCUCACAUAUGUAAAUCAAUUAGUUGGUUAAGGACCUUAAAACUGGAAAACCCAAAUCGUUACAUAAUCAAAAUCUACACUUAAUUUUGAUAUAACGUUGACUUAGGAAUUAAAUGGUCGAAUACUAUAGUCCAUGAUUAAACAAUUGCAUAUUUCAAAAUACGAAAAUUAAAUUGUUGCAAACUAAAAUUUAGAGACCAUAAGUGUUUUUUUGCUGAACAUAUUUUAGUCAUGACAACGAAAAUUAGGCACUAGGGAACUAAGUGAUUCUAGUUUCUUCUUGGUUUUAUAUGUCUGCCUAGCUUUUGAUUAUCCAAUGACAAUAAACUAUUAAUAUAUUCUGUAAGAUCACCUUUUCUUUGAUUAAACAGAUGAAGGUCUUGAACAGAACAACUUAAUGCCAUCAAUACCAGCAGCAGUUAUGAGAACUAGAAAAAUGGACAUAGCAAGUUUUGUUUACUCUUUGUAACCAUUCAAAACAAAGAAAAGCACAAGGACAGAUGGAAGAUUGUGGAAGGCUGCUUUUUUUUUUUUUUAGUACAACAAAGGUGAGAGGAUUCAAACGACAGAUCUCAUGGUCGUUAGUACAUAUUAUAUGUCGGUUGAGUUAUACUCGCUUUAGCAGAUACUGGAAGACUGUUGCUGAAGGUAAUUAGUUCAUUUUCAUUUUUCAUAUACCUGUAAAUGAUGAGAUAGUUUUUCUGUUGGUUCUUCUUAGGUUUGAACAUAAAGGGAUAGAAAAUAGAGAUGUAAAUGAUAUGUGUUGAGCUUGUCUUGAGACCCAUAUAGAUUACAAAAGCAUUGGAAGUAGUAUCAUCCUGUAUAGCUCAACAUUGUACUGAACUUUCUCUGUAAAGUUUCAUGUGAAUAAAAGAAUUAUCAUUACACAAA